AACACAGAUCAGCAAUAGCUCAAAACUUUUCCUUUAGAUAGUAUCAAGAUGAUCAAUGUAAAGAAGCUCAUCAAAUUGGCAAGAAAAAGGCGAAAACUAGCUGCCAUCAAGCGAAAGAGAAUUACAUUACCAAUGGACAAUGUUGAUGCAGAUAGUUGCAGCACAUCAUCAUUGGUUGAGAAGGGCCAUUUUGUUGUGUAUUCUAUAGAUAAGAGACACUUUGUGCUUCCUUUGGAGUAUCUCAAGAAGCAUAUAGUUAGAGAGCUAUUCAGAUUGGCAGAAGAGGAGUUUGGGAUACCAAGCGGCAGGCCUCUCACAGACCAGCAGGCCUCUCAAAAUGCCUCGUAAUGCAGCUUUCAUGGAAUAUGUGAUUUCUUUGAUCAAAUGCAUUUAACUAGGGAAGUAUAGGAGGCAGUGAUCACAUCCCUAGCUAGUGGUCAAUGCUCAUUAUCUUCACUUCUCCAUCAAGAAUCAAGAAACCAACAAUCAUUAA